ACUGUCGUAAACCUCAACUCCACUGACGUUCACUGUGUGUGCACUUUACGGCAGCGAGGAACUGAAGGGAAAGAAACGGGGAACGAAGAGCCGAGCCAUAAGACCGUAAAAUUAAUAUCUGACGUCCUUUUUAAGCAUUAUUUCUGCGGAACCCGUCAGCUCGUUCGUAGUCCCCUCGCCACAAGGAUAAUCUAUUCUUCACAAUUUUUCGUCAAUAUUUUCCCCUGAAUGAGGUGGGAUGGCUGAAUUGCCGCCUGGGCCUAGUAGCGCAUUGUCUGCGUCCCCGGCUGAAAUUAUUCCCUUCACCGGGGUUGGGUGCACCGUAUCCGGGGAACGAGAUGAAAGGGACUGCGGACGAAGAGAUACAGUGAUCCCCGUGGUAGGACUACAGCAGCAAGUAAGUGCUGGAAAGGGGACACACAAAACGACACCGAACCAUUUGUUCUCACACUCGCCAGGACCCCUCUUCAGUACACAACCGCAACAGCAGCAAAUCAACGGCAUUCCUAAUUCCACUGAAGACGGCCUUCAACUCAGCAACCUCAGUCACCUCCACCAUCGAGCUCACAGACAACCCGACAACAAGAGAGGAGGAUCCGGAGAGCACUGUGAUGGCAGCUGCGAGGCCGAGGAACCCGCCCCACAGAACAAUAACCUAAGUGACAAAAACAAUAGCGACUCGCGACAGGAACAUAAUCAGUGUUCAAAAAAUAAAUGUUCACAUUCUAACAAUAACUGUAUAAACAGUAUGUUGACCUUGUCUAGAACUGAAUCGAAUUGUGGUCGACUAGUUAACGAGGUUGAUGGCACAGGCUACCACGCCAGGACUGAGCCCCGGCCUUCCCCCGGUGAUCCACCUGACGGGGACAGCCUCGGAAUGCAACUGUCAGGGGGUGCAUCUGAUACCUCACAUGUACCGGUGGUGGAAAUGGAGAGGCUAGAUCUGAAUUCCUUUACAGACAGAGGAGAGGAGGAAGACGACGCCAUCCAGUACGCACGAUAUGAAUCCGAGUUGCAGAUGCCGGACAUCAUGAGACUGAUUACCAAGGAUUUGUCUGAGCCCUAUUCCAUUUACACCUAUAGGUACUUCAUCCACAACUGGCCCCAGCUGUGCUUUCUGGCCAUGGUGAGGCAGGAAUGUGUGGGCGCCAUUGUCUGUAAGCUGGACAUGCACAAGAAGAUGUUUCGCCGUGGAUACAUAGCCAUGCUGGCAGUGGACUCCAAGUACCGCAGGAAAAGCAUCGGCACCAAUCUGGUGAAGAAAGCCAUCUACGCCAUGGUGGAAGGAGAUUGUGACGAGGUGGUGCUGGAAACCGAGAUCACCAACAAGCCGGCUUUGAAGCUCUACGAAAACCUGGGCUUUGUGAGGGACAAACGGCUCUUUCGAUACUAUUUAAACGGAGUGGACGCUCUGCGGCUCAAACUUUGGCUCCGCUAGCCCCCCCCCCCCCCCCCCCCCCCCCCCCCCCUCUUUUCCUAGUAACUCUGGCCAGGCCACCAGUUCAGCGAACUAGCCUCUUCUGAAUGAGAAAAGGCCAGCCAAUGUGGAAAUGUGUUUAAAGAAAGGAAGAGUCUGCGUGUGGAAAGAGGAAAGAGGGAGGUAGAGUUAAGCGGGCGGGGGCGGGUUGUGUGUUUGGGCUCCCGGAGGCUGGAGGACCUCGCCGCCAUCUUGGAUGUCCCGUCUCAGGAAGCAGGGUGUGGCGAGCGGCCCCUGGAUAAGACUUGCCUCGGCGUUCGUUUCUGGGGUAGCCAGUGGGCGGGCCCAAAGUCAGACAGAACCAAUCACCUGUCUGUGCUUCAGGCCAUGUGAGGGAAGAGGGGGGGGGGGAAAUGCACCCUCUUGACUACAUUUUUUAAUAUACAAACAACAGUAAUAAAAAGAGGAAGCCACACGGAAUGCAAUGCAGGGAAAAACAAGGAAAAAAAAUCUCCUAUUAUUAUUUGUGGAAUUUCUUUUGAUUUUUUUCCCUUUUUAUGACAAGUUGAUAUAAGCGUGUGGUCAUGUGGAUAGAGAGGGGUGGCUUUGGGAAAGGUGAAAGCUGGUCAAGUGCUCGUAUGUGUGCGAGUGUGUGUGUGCGAGUGAGUGUGUAUGUUUGUGUGUGUGUUUGUGUUUGUGUGCAAGGGUGUGGUGACUGAGUGUGUGUGAGUGUGUGUGUGUGAGUGUGUGUGCGAGGGUGUGUCUGUGUCUGUGUCUGUGUCUGUGUGUGUGUGUGUGUGUGUGUGUGUGUGUGUGUGUGUGUGUGUGUGUGUGUGUGUGUGCGUGUGCGUGUGCGAGGGUGUGGUGACGGAGUGUGUGGGUGCCUUCAUGCAUGUGUUUGGUGUGCAUAUUUUUGUGGUGCUCUGCCCUGGCUGUUGUUCAUACAAUGAGAGCACAUUAAUGCAUAUGUGCAAGCAAAGAGAGAAUAUAUACAUACAUAAAUAUAUAUUUAUUUAAUGCUCAUUCAGACCUCUGGCAGAAGCCAGUUGGAUGACUGACAGGUGCAGACUAAAGACUUAAUCUACUGCCAGCCAAUAAAACUGUCCCAGAACAUAAGGAAGCUAGUUACUAGUCUUUUAUCAACCUCCCCUUCAUUGACGGUGUUGAUCAGAUGUCUUUGGGGGGUGAUGCAUUCACUGUGUAAAUUGUUUGAUUAUUGUUUUUUUGGGGGGUAGGGGGGUUUGGAGUGGUGUGGAGUCCAAAUCUUAAAUUGCACAUGCUGCUGAAUUUGUUUAUUUCAGGUCAGUUGACUUCUCUUGAUCGGUUUCCUUCUGUUGGAAGUACAUUUUUGCAGAUUGUUUACCACAGAUUCCCAAAACAAACAGAGAGGCGGGUGGGCUUAGCUUCCCAGGCUAACAGGAGAGGGUUUGACUUGGACCCCUCCUGGUUGGAAUCUAGUUUACUGUGCAGUUGCCUGCUAAUGGCUCCUCCACUGUCCUGAUACACUGUGUCAUAGCGUGUGUCCGUGAGAGCACGGUAGAUUUUCAGCAGACCUAGGUCAAACACUUAACUGCUUAGGAUUCAAAUGCAUUUCUGAGCUUGAUUUGAUCUUGCCUGGUGCAAUUCAGCCAACCAGAGGACAAGAAGGCUGGCUUUGCACUUGUAUGUAAGUGCAUGUAUGUAAUAGGUUCCAAUACACCAGACCAAGCUCAGUAAUGCGUAUAAAAGUAUUGGAAUGCAAAAUGAUUACGUUGUUUGGACCAGGUCUGAUCUGAAGAAACCAAAAUGACGCUCCCUUCACCUCCAAUCUCCUACGCCCCAGCUCCCUUUUCACUUCUGCUAGAAAAUGCUGUGAAACCAGGAGAGCCCAACCUCAAAAAAGUUUUUAAGUAUUUAAACCCAGCAACAGGCGGCACCCUUUUGCCUUUUAUUGAACUUCAUCCAGGCAAAUAAAAGAAAGAUUAUGCA